CGGAACACAGAGACAUCACUAAGGAACACAGUGACAUCACUACGGAACAGAGAGACAUCACUACGGAACACAGUGACAUCGAUACGGAAAACUCGCGCUCCUAUUGCCUAGCAGCUCCAACACAUUCUGCAGGAUGAACGGAUACGAAACUCCGCCUCUCGCCUCGGGGAUCUUCGGGUCCUACGGCUCACCCACCAAUGGCCAUGGCUCGCUGUCUCCGGAGCCUCUUCAUCAAAAAGCCAAGUCCGGUGCCAAAGCUCUCUACGAACAAAGAAAGCAUGUCACCAAAACCAGCAUCAACAGUCUGACGGACACCUCGCAGUACCAGGUGGAGCACCUGUCCUCCUUCAUCGUGGACCGUAAAGACGGGCUUCUCUCGGUGGAGGACGGCGUUCGGAGGCUGCGUCUCCUCGAGGCCAAAGGGAAGGUUUGGACUCAGGAGAUGAUUCUUCAGGUGGAGGAGAGGAGCGUCCGCCUGCUGGACCUGGACACUCAGAAGGACCUGGAGUACUUCCCGGUGUCCUCCCUGCUGCAGGUUCAGGCCGUGAUGAACUCCUGCAGCUUCGACUCUCUGCUGGCUCUCGUGGUGCGAGAGACGGGGCAGAGCAAACCAGACCUGCACCUGUUCCAGUGCGACCACAUCAAGGCGAACCUGAUCCAGGCCGACAUCGAGAGCGCCGUGACGGACGCUAAAGGAGGGAAAGAGAGGAGGAGACCAGAGGCUCUACGGAUGAUCCUGAAGAGUGACGGGGUGAUCCCGCCCCCUCCCGCUAACCCCGCCCCCGAGCCCCCCUCCUCAACCAAUCAGGUGGACGUAAAGAGCCGGGCAGCCGCCUGGUCGGCCUGGACCAAUGAGCAGCAAGACUGUGAGAAGCAGCGCCACAUCUACGAGGAGGACGAGGGGGGGGACACGUCUGCAGCCAGAGUGGACCGGGACGUGCAAAUCCUGAACCACAUCCUGGACGACGUGGAAUUCUUCGUGAUGAAACUGCAGAAAUCUACGGAGGCUUUCAGCGAACUCUCAAAGAGGAAGAAGAACAAGAAGGGCAAGAAGAAGGGCCCGGGGGAGGGCGUGCUGACGCUCAGGUCCAAGCCUCCGUCAGAGGAAGAGUUCGUCGACUGUCUGCAGAAAUUCAAGCAGGCCUUCAAUCAGCUGGGGAAGCUGAGGGAUCAAAUCCAGAACCCGAGUGCUGAAGACUUGCUGCACUUCCUGUUCUCUCCCCUCAGGAUG